AUGAGGUAAAUCAUAUAAUCAUAUAAUCAUUAUCCUAAUGAUUUGUGGUAAAAUCAUUAGGGCAAUGGCUCUUAAACUCAAGUGUGCAUCAGCAUUCCCUGUAGAGCUUAUUAAAACAGAUAGCAGGGACAGAAACUCCCACAGUUUCUGUUCAGUAGGUCUGGGGUAAGGUCUGAGAAUUUGCAUUUUGAACAUGUUUCUAAAUGUUGCUGAAACUGAACUUGUUUUCAAAGUGUCUGGGAAUCACACUUUCAAAAUCAUGGCACCAAGGUCGUGGUGAUGAUGUUGGGGGAUGAUUUGCUUGAUGAACUUGGAAUAGAAAGCAUUGCAUAUAUGUGGUAUACAAAUAAUAUAUAGGCUUGGGUGACAGAACACUCACAUUUACCAUGUUUAAUCAGAAAAUGAAUUUAUUGGUUAAAUAACAGAAAAGUCUAAAGAUGGGGCUAACUAGGCCUUUCAAGGAUAGGAUUCUUGGUUAUGUAAUAUGAUCUCUGAGUGACUUAGAGUUAACCUAGCUUUACUACCAUAAGGAACCCUGGCCCAAAUCUCAAAAAGGGGUUGUAUUUUAAUCUACACUCUUAAAGUGUGAAACUUGAAGCAUACUGCAGUCACUUGACUGAAAGUUUUGGUUGAGAAACAGCGUGAUGGUGGUUUUGGGCAUGUCCACAUGACCAAAUUGUUUUUCACAAAACUUCUGCUGAAUAAAAUGUGAAAUACUACUGUCAGCCUGUUUUCCUGUCUUAAUGAAUUCCAGAUAGUUUGUAGAGUGUGGGAGCUUCCAAAACAGAGAGGUGGAAUGGAUGUGACCAGCCAGCAUCUGUUUUGUCACAAAUGAGGAUGUCCUGACAUAAUGGAAUCGUUCCCCUUGUUCUGAAUCUCACCAAGCUGUUCACUUCUCUGAUCAUGAGGUACAGACUGUGAGAGGGAAGGGCAAGGCCAAUGUCAUGUAACAGAAGCCGAAAGAAAAAUUCUAGAUUCCUUACUUACCAGGAAAUUCAGCCUACCCCUAUGUUUCAUCCACUCAGACCCAAGCAUUUUGAUUUUUUUUUCCUGCAUGUUGAUGUUCUUUAGAGAAAAAGUCCUGAUCUGUUCUUAUUGUAAACUGGUUAAGAGUUCCAACCAGUCAGAUAAGUCUAAACUACAGAGGAAGACAGAUUUGAACUUUAAUUCCAAUUUGGCCACUUACUGGCUAUAUAUAUAUAUCUUUGGACGAGUUAUUCUUGUGGCCUCUGUUUCAGCAGAGGCAAAUAUGGUUUGGAUCUCUGUCUCCACCAAAUCUCAUGUGAGACUGUAAUCCCCAGUGUUGCAGGUAGGGCCUGGUGAGUGAGUCUUCAUGAGAUCUAGUCUAGUCAUUUACGAGUGUGUAGCACCUCCCCUGUCAUUCUUUCUAGUUUCUGCUCUCACCAUGUGAGAUGCCUCACUCCUUCACUCCCCCUUUGCCUUUUGCCAUGAUUUCAGGUUUCCUGAGGCCUCCCCUGAAGCUGAGCAGAUGCCAGCGUCAUGCUUUCUCUGGAACCAUGAAGCACCGUGGUUUAAUUACCCCAUGGAACCAUAAGUGAAUUAAACUUCUUUUCUUUAUAAGUUACCCAGCCUCAGGUAUUUCUUUAUAGCAAUCUGGACUAAUAUAGAAAGUUGGCACCAAAGAGUGGGGCAUUGCUAUAAAGAUACCUGAAAAUGUGGAAGCAGCUUUGGAAUUGGAUAUAACAGGAAGAGGUUGGAAGAAUUUGGAGGGCUCAGAAGAUGACAGGAAGAUGAGGAAAAGUUUGCAAUUUCCUAGAGGCUGGUUAAAUGGUUGUGAACAAAAUGCUGGUAAUGAUAUGGACAGUGAAGUCCAGGCUGAGGUGAUCUUGAUGGAAAUGAGGAACUCAUUGGAAACUGCAGUAAAAGUCACUUUUGUUAUGUGUUAGCAAGUAGGUUGGCUGCAUCAUGCCCCUGCCCUUGGGAUCUGUGGAACUUUGAACUUGAGAUUUAUGAUUUAGGUACCUGGAAGAAGAAAUUUCUAAGCAGCAAAGUAUUCAAGAUGCAGCCUUGCUGCUCCUAACAACCUAUACUUAUAUGUAUGAGCAAAGAAAUUACCUAAAUUUGAACUAGUAUUUAAAGAGAGAGCAGAGCAUAAAAGUUUGGAAAAUUUACAGCCUGGCCAUGUGGUAAUAAAGAAAAGUCCACUUUCCGGGGAGUAAUUCAAGAAGCCUACAGAAAUUUGCUUAAGUAAAAAGGGGACAAGUGCUAAUAUCCUAGACAAUGGGGAGAAGGCCUCAAAGGCAUUUCAGAGAACUUCAUGACAGACUCCCUCAUCAUAUGCCCAGAAACCUAGAGGGACUGAAUGGUUUCCUGGGCCAGGCCCAGGGCUCUGUUUCCUUGCAUAGCCUUGGGAUACUGCUCUCCAUAUUCUAGUUGCUGCAGCUCCAGCCAUGGCUCAUAGGGGCCCAGGUACAGCUUGGACCACUGUUUCCGGGGGUGCAAGCUAUAAGCCUUGGUGGCUUCUAUGUGGUAUUAAGCCUGUAGCUACACAUAGUGCAAGAGUUGGGGCUUGGGAGCCUCCACCUAGAUUUCAGAGGAUAUAUGGAAAAACUUGGAUAUCCAGGCAGAAGCCUGCUGCAGGGACAGAGCCCCCUUAAAGAAACUUUACUAGGAUAAUGCAGAGGGGAAAUAUGGGCUUGGAGCCCCUAUGCAGAGUUCCCACUGGAGCACUGCCCAGUAGAGCUGUGAGAAGAAUGCUACCAUCCUCCAGACCCCAGAAUGGUAUAUCUACUGGCAACUUGUGUUCUCAGCCUGGAAAAGCGACAGGCAGUCAAUACCAGUCCUUGAGAGCAGCUGUGGGGGCUGAACCCUGCAAAGCCACAGGGGUGGAGCUGCCCAAGGCCUUGGGAUUGCACUCAUUGCACUAGUGAGCCCUGGAUGUGAGACAUAGAGUCAAAUAAGGUUAUUUUGGAGCUUUAAGUUUUAAUGACUACCCUGCUGGGUUUCGGACUCACAUGGAACCUGUAGCCCCUUUCUUUUGGCCAAUGGAACAGGACUACUUACCCAAAGCCUAUACUCCCAUUUUAUCUUGGAAAUAACUUAAUUGUUUUUGACUUCACUGGCUCGUAAGCAGAAGGGACUGGCCUUAUCUCAGAUGAGACUUUGGACUUUGGAGUUAAUGCUGGAAUAAGUUAAGAAUUUGGGGACUGUUGGGAAGGCAUGAUAGUAUUUUGCAAUGUGAGAAGGAAGAAGUAUAUAGGAUUUGGGUGACCAAGGGUGGAAUGAUAUGGUUUGAAUCUGUGUCUUCACCAAAUAUGUAAUCCCCAUCUCAAAUUGUAAUCCUCAAUGUUGCAUAUGGGGCCUGGUUGGAGGCAAUUGGAUCAUGGAGGUGGUUUCUCAUGAAUGGUUUAACAACAUCCCCUUGGGGCUGUUCUUGUGAUAGUGAGAUCUGGUCAUUUAAAAGUGUGGCACCUUCCCUGUCAGUCUCUCUCUCUCCCUCUCUCUUUCUCUCUCUCUCUCUUUCUUUCUUUUUUGAGACAGAGUCUCACUCUGUUGCCCAGGCUGGAGUGCAGUGGUGCAAUCUAGGCUCACUGCAACAUUUGCCUCCUGGGUUCAAGUGAUUCUCCUGCCUCAGCCUCCUGAGUAGCUGGGAUUACAGGUGCACACCAUCAUACCAUGUUGGCCAGGCUAGUCUUGAACUCUGUUCCCCUUGGCCUGGCAAAGUGUUGGGAUUACAGGUGUAAGCCACUGUGCCUGGCCCCCUGUCACUCUCUCUUUCUCCUGCUCCCACCAUGUGAGAUGCCUUGCUCCCACUUUGCUUUCUGCCAUGAUUUUAAGUUUCCUGAGGCCUCCCUAGAAUCCAAAGAAAUGCCAGCGUCAUGCUUCCUGUACAGCUUGCAGAACCAUGAACCAGUUAAAUCUCUCUCUCUCUCUUUUUUUUUUUUGAAAUAAAUUACCCAGUCUCAGGUAUUUUUUUUUUUUUGGUAGCAGUGUGAGAGUGGACUAAUACAGAGGCUAAAAGAGGAUACUGCAUAAUAAUAUGAUCUAAGUUAUGCGGUAAUAAUACACAUUAAAAGAAAUAUAUGGGUGGAGUGCUCAGCCCAACGCUUAGCUUUUAGUUCCCUCAUUCUGAUUACCUCUGUAUCUAUAGCAUCAAUGAGGUAUUUGACUUGAACUUCUAGUUUUAGACACCUUAAUAAAGAAAAAAAAUGACUCAAAGAAUAUGGGGGUUGCAGGGAGAGGAUCUAUAGAACAACAGGGAGGAAGAGGGUGAGGGAGAAAGGAAGCUAAAUAGUCUUUAAGUUAGGUAGUCAGCGUUAGGUAUUUGGGAGUUGAUACAGGUCAAAUAGUGGCAAAAGGUGGGAUGCCUAAGAGAAAGAUAUUUAAGGAUGGCACAUGCUAUUUACAUGCAUGGUAUUACUUUUGUUGCCAGAACGAUUUUUGUCUUUUUCAACAUGUUUCCUUUAAUCAUAAUUAUAGACUAUAUGUAGCUAGGUGGAGGAAUAAAUAAUGAAAAGCACUAAUUGGGGUUACACAAUACCAGGGCUGUGUAGCAUCGCUGUCUCAACAUAGACAUCUCUAAUUCCUAACUGUCCUGUUUCAGCCUUGGCCAUAGUGACUUCAUGCCUUAUCUUUUCCCACUUGACCUGGCAGUCUGUUUAUAUAGUUAUCUUUAUCCAAUAUAAGCCUUAAGGCCCUAUAUUCUUGAGCCUCACAAUCUUUAUAUCUUUCACUCUUCUAGGAUUUUUUUUUUUUUGUGUGUAUAAUAGCAGUAUAUAGUCACUUUAGAGACUAGGAUCUGAGUUUUCAGUGUUUUUUUCUUUUCCCCACACCAAUAUGAUAGUUUGCUUUCCUUGAUCAUCACACAGUUUCUAUCCUAAAAACUGUGGCUUAACUGGUCACUAGAAAACAUAAAGGGGUAAAAAAAAGCAGAAAGGGGGGUUAGCCCAAAUGUUAUCCAUCUUUCUCAGGGGAGAGAUUUCCAUUAUAUUACACAUGUAUGUGGAUACCUUCAUUAGCCAUUGACUGAACUGUAACUUGGACAAAAGGGCGCCUACCUCAUUGCAUAGCUGCGAAGAUUCAAUAAGGUGAUGAGAUGCUACCUGUAGUAAGGUUACAUUAGAGACCAGCUGCUGCUGUUCACCUUACUGCUGUUCUUCCUCCUAUGCUAUGGUUAUUGCUUAUCUCUGCCUAUUGCUGUUUUGUGCUACUAGAACUUAGAAGUUUGCAUAAGAAUGGCAGAAACAGUUAAUCAUAGAAACAUUUCUCUCUGCAGGUGGUAUUGACUCUCUCAUUGCCUUGUCACUCAUUGUUCAACUCCUAUGUAUGAGAAAGAACAUACAGUGUUUGGUUUUCUGUUCCUGUGAUAGUUUGCUGAGAAUGAUGGUUUCCAGCUUCAUCCAUGUCCCUGCAAAGGACAUAUACGCAUUAUUUUUUAUGGCUGCAUACUAUUCCAUGGUGUAUACAUGCCACAUUUUUUUAUCCAGCCUAUCAUUGAUGGGCAUUUGGUUUGGUUCCAAGUCUUUGCUAUUGUGAAUAGUGCUGCAAUUAAACAUAUGUGUGCACAUGUCUUUAUAGUAGAAUGAUUUGUAAUCCUUUGGGUAUAUACCAACAAUGGGAUUGCUGGGUCAAAUUGGUAUUCUGGUUCUAGAUCCUUGAGGAAUUGCCACACUGUCUUCCACAAUGGUUAAACUAAUUUAUACUCCUACCAACAGUGUGAAGCAUUCCUAUUUCUCUACAUCCUCUCUGGCAUUUGUUGUUUUCUGACUUUAAUGAUUGCCAUUCUAACUGGCAUGAGAUGGUGUCUCAUUGUGGUUUUGAUUUGCAUUUCUCUAAUGACCAGUGAUGUGAGCCACAUUCUUGGCUGUAUAAAUGUCUUCUUUUGAGAAGUGUCUGUUUAUAUCCUUUACCCACUUUUUGAUGGGGUUGUUUGUUUGUUUCUUGUAAAUUUGUAUAAGUUCCUUUUAGAUUCUGGAUAUUAGACCUUUGUCAGAUGGAUAGAUUGCAAAAAUUUUCUCCCAUUCUGUAGAUUGUCUGGCAAGUUGUUAAACCUAUAUUAGCACUGGGUUGUAGCCCAGGAGUCUUCCAGACCACUUCCCCCAACUAUCAGAUGUUGUGUGCAUAGAAACGAGAUUACCAAGUUUGACUACCAACUAAAGUGAAGCAUAAUCUAUCAGAAUCCAUAUGUGUGUAUAUAUAUAUUCAUACAAACUUACGUAGGAUUCUCAAGGCAGUAUUUUUCAAAAUAUUUUCACACUUUCUCUAGUAUUCUUACUAACCAAAACUGGACUCUUGGUUAAACAAGUUCCCAUCCAGAGUUUUAUAAGGAAAGAGGAAAAAUGAAAUUCUCCUUUUUUUGUGUAAUUGAAACAAAAAGACAAACACACUGAAGAAAAAGACAGACAGAUGUAGGUGCUGUAGAGUAAGUGCUUAUGUGUUCAGAGAAGCUGUAAGCACAGUAGAGAAGGCAGCCGAGGAGGACUGGUCAGAAGUGGACUUGUGUGUUGGGCUUCUGAACUCUGCAUUUUAGUGAGAGUACAGGAUGAAUCUGCUGUGUAGGCUGGUGUUGAAAGUUAGGACACCCUGAACUAGGGGGGAAGAGUUAGCUAUCAAAGAUAAAGAAAACAGUUUGGACAUUUUCAGAAUAGAUAUAUUUCUUGAGCAUCUAAAUGCGCAGAUUUUAAGAGAUAUGACUCUUACUCUUGUUUUUCCCAGAGUUAUGGUUUGAGACUCAUUUGUAGGAUCUUCUGGCAAAUUUUCCUUAUCUUGUAGUAUAAAAGGAUACUUAGUAAGUAUUUGUUGAGCUGGGGAUCAUGGGGAUCAGAGAUGGUCAAACUUGAACCACUUUUGCCUUUGGCAAGUGGGUGGCUGUUGAGUGAUGGCAUGGGCCCCAGAUCAGACCAUCAAAGACCAGAGGAGGUCUUUCUGGGAGAGGAAAAGAACAUGCUUGGUGGUUACAUCAGUUACCUUGAGGCUUGUGUGUGUGUGUGUGUGUGUGUAUACACACACACAUAUAUAUAUACAUAUAUAUAUAUAUGCUCUCUCACCACUCAGAAGCAUAUAAAAUAUGUAAAUACACACAUACACAUACACACACACACCUUUCCACUACUCAGAAAUAUAUUUUAUUUUACAUUUUUUUUUUUAAAGACAGGAUUUCACUCUAUCUCCCAGACUAGUGUGCAGUGGUGCUAUCAUAGCUCGCUAUAGCCUCAAACUCCUGGGCUCAAGGAAUUCCCCUGCCUUAGACUCCGAGUAGCUAGAACUACAGGCAUACACCACCAUGCCCGGCUAAUUAAAUAAAAUGUUCCUAGAGAUGGGAUCUCGCUUCAUUGCCCAUACUGAUCUUGAACUCUUGGCCUGGAGCAAUCCUCCUGCCUCAGAGUCCCAAAGCACUGGGAUUACAGAUGUGAACCUCUGUGCCCAGCUUGGAAAUAUAUUUUAACUGGUAUUCACUGAAGAUGGCCUUUAGCUGUCACUUUGUUUAAAGGCUUUAUUUUUAAAAUAAUGUGUCUUUUAAUAAAUCAGGUACCUUCUUAUGUAUCAAUAGCUUAAUCUGGUAAUACUUACUUUAUUAUCUGUUAGUCCUCAUGGGAACUGGGAAUUUGUUAGUUCACUGGACAUCUCAAGGUUCCAGGAUACUGAGUGUCUGGAUAUUUGUUGAAUAAAGAAUGACCUAGGUGGCUGAUGUGUUUCUGUUGUGCUAGAAGGGGUCAGUAAAUUUUGGAAACUUUGUCAAAUUCUUUCAGGAAAACGUGUAAGACAUGAUCCUAUGAUUUCUCUUGUUAGCUAUGAUCUCUUGUCAUGUGUUACUGAGCCUUAAUAUCUUUACCUAUAAAAUGGGGCUAAUGGCAUUUCCUUCUUGGGAUAACUGAGGAUUCUAGAAGGUAAUAUGUAAAAUGGCUAGCGUAUGUACAUUCUCAAUACAAAGUUAGUAGUGGUGAUGAUUGUUACUGCUAUUGGUGCUAAAGAUAUAGACUGCUAAAAUACAGUCAGUUCUCAUUAUUUUUGUUUUAUCAAGCUGCUACAAAUACCAAAUUAGCGAAUACUGAAAGAUUACCAGUAGGGAUAUACAGGAUAAGUUCCUUAGAGCCUCUGGUCACAACAUUUAAUCAAUCCAUCAAUAGAUAACUUUAUUUUAUGUGUGUUGUGGUGUAAAGACACAUUAUUUAAUAUAUAUUGUUGAUUCAUUAACAUUGAACUCAUGGCCAGCAACACUAUAACUUCACUGACUUAGGAACACUAGACAGCACUUUAGCACUAAGUUUGGGUGCCAUAUUGAAUAGGGGAGUCACCAACAAAAACACAAAAGUGCAAAAAAUAUGGCACUACAUAGACUGUGAAAAGGACACUUGUUUACAAUAUGAUGUGACAUCUGAAAGGAGAAGGCAGACCAUCACCUUGUUUGACCUCAGUUGGUAACGUGAAUGUUGGGAGGCUCAAAUUUCUUGCUGUUCUGUGCAUGUGAUUGAUUGACUGUAAAAACUUUGAGAAUAUUGAUUUUGGGGUUACAAAUCAAUACUUUUAGUAAGUAGGUGAAUUUGCAAGUGAGGAAUCCAUGAAUAAUGAGUGUUGACUAUAUUAAAAACUGUUUUCUUGCAUCUGUAUUUCUCUAGUGGUUUUUCCUCUGGACUAAAAAGCUUACCCAUUGGGGAAAAUAUUUUAAAACACUGUCUGUUCAGAUGUUGUGGAUUACAAAGGAAGUCACAUUAAUAAAGAUUUUCCAUGUAUCUGAUCUCUUAUUUUUAUCAGUUUGUUUGCCAAUAAAAAUGGCUCAUCAUUUCCAGAUCUUGAAAGUUAACUGAGGCUUCACUGUUCAUAUAUGGUAGAAUUUUGAUAGAAUUUUGAUCGUUCUUUAAUAAGGUGGAGUGUGAGAGUGGGGACCUGGAAAAAGAGCACAGAGAGAUAAUGGGACCAUUGCUGAAAAAUCCAACAAAAAGCAGUAGGAUGACACAGGGUAGAUGAGCCCCCAAUCUGGGGCUUAGCCUGGGAGGGUUCUUAGCAUUGUUCAGGAAAGAAUUCAAGAAUGAGCUGGUGGUGGAAAAAUGCAGGUUUAAUGAAGCAACAGUGUACAAGAGAGUAGCUGCUCCUUGCAGAACAGGGCUAACUCAUAGGCAGUGCACCCAAAGUAGCAGUGUAUGGGCUGUAGACUGGCAAUAUUUAUACCCACUUGGAAUUACAUGCAAAUUGAGUGGUAGGUUAUUCAGAAAUCUUUUGAAAAGGGGUGGUAAUUUUGGGGGGUUGCCUUGGCAUUUGUAAACUGUCAUGGUGCUGUUGGGAGUGUCUUAUGCUGAUGAGCAGUGAGGGCAUCUAGAGGUUGCCUUUGGUGCCAUUUGCUAGUUCUGGUAUGUUUCUUCAUUUCAUCCUGUUGAGACCAGGCAAUAAGUCCGUAUAGUCUCCUACUUCAAAAUGGCUUCCCAAUUCUGGUGUAGGCAGUUCUUGAGGUAACCAGGCUCAGCCUACUCAGUGCCUAGAGGAUAAAGGUGAUGAUAUUGACUUCUGUAAGCAUUGUAAAUCAGCAUAUUAUAGUUAUCAGAAUGAUCAUUGUUCUAAACAUUAACUGAGUACUUGCUGGGAUUGCUUGGAAUUCUUUUCGAAAAAGGGAGAAAAGAAUUGGUUUCAGUAGGUUCUAUACUUUCAAGUUGCAUAGCAGAUAGAUCACACAAUUUAGUGACAACAAAGAAAACACAAAGAACAGGGCCGGGCGCUGUGGCUCACGCCUGUAAUCCCAGCACUUUGGGAGGCUGAGGCGGGUGGAUCAUGAGGUCUAGAGAUCGAGACCAUCCUGGACAACAAGGUGAAACCCCGUCUCUACUAAAAAUACAAAAAAUUAGCUGGGCACAGUGGCACAUGCCUAUAAUCCCAGCUAUUCAGGAGGCUGAGGCAGGAGAAUUGCGUGAACCCAGGAGGUAGAGGUUGUGGUGAGCCGAGAUCGCGCCAUUGCACUCCAGCCUGGGUAACAAGAGCGCAACUCCAUCUCAAAAAAAAAAGAAAACACAAAGAACAAUAAUAAUAACAGUAGCAUCUAGCAUUUUUAAAGCCCUCCUUACAGCCUAUGCCUUGUGUUAGUGCUUUAGCCUACCUUUCAUAUAUUUCUAUAGUGUUCUUAUGUAUGAUACUGGGGGUAAGGAAGGUACCUAUGUAAUUUAAAAAAUUCUGUGUUAGAAAAAUGAAAAAACAGAAACAUCAGGAAUUAAUAAUUUACAUCUAGGUGAGUUAUAAAUAUAAUAUGGCACUACUGUCUACCAGGUAUGGUAUUUAAGUGUUUUGUACAGUAUAAUUCUAAUAUGAGGUAGAUAGGAUCCCAUUUUAUAAACGAAGGACCUUGUGCUUGUCUGUCUUCUGUCACUUGUCUAUCUUAAGUUACUCAAAUAAGGUAGAACUGUGAUUCAAACUGAGGACUGUCUGACUUAAAAGCUCACUCUUUUAUUCAUCAUGCUGCAGUGGUUUCCAUGUAUUUGGUGUUCAGAGGUUUGGAGGGAGAGGCAGGAGUGAUCAGGGGUGACAACUCAUGUUGAUUUUGGAAUGGAAAGGAGACUAGGUUUCUUAUGAAGUAAAGGCAGAAGACUCAGGGUGUGGUUAAACAUUCAAAUCCAAAAUAAAUAGUUAUAUCUAUUAGAGGUGCUCAUAGCAUGCCUAUCUGCAUAGUUCUUUGUUUCCAAAGCUGCUUCUGAAAAAGGAAAGAAAGUAGGCUAUGAAGGCUCCAAGAAAGAUAGCAAAAGAUAGAAUGGUGGAUACUUAAUCAUUCACAAGGAUGAGGUGUAUAAGUAAAUGGUAGAUUUUUCUCAUUUCUUAUUAAUGAUCUUCAAAUGUUGCUACUUGAGGACAUUAAGUUGUCUACAUACCCAUCCUGUGUUCUACUACUGAACAUGGACAUGUAGCUCCUAACAUCUGGAUGUUUUCACUCGUCUCUCUCUUUCUCCCUCUCUUUUAUUUUCUCCUAACCUGACUUGUUAAUUGCUUUUUUUGUGUAUGUCUUCAUAAAUUUAUAGCCAGUCUGUUCCAUUCUGGACUGUUUAUCUUUAACAUGCCAGAGGUCUUGAAACAUCAUAAUGUUGUGUAAUGAGCAUAACUUCUGCCUUGACUUGUGGGUGUUAAGAGCAUUAGUCAGUGCAAAGUAUUGAGUUAAAUAUUUUCAAUGAAAGGAUAUAAUGAUCUAACAUAGAGGAAGAAGUUAUAAAAAUCCUAGUUAAUGGCAUUAAUGGUGAGCCAUAUACUUAGGGGGUUCCUUCUUUGAUAAGUUAGAGAUUCACAGAAUGAAUGUAAAAGCAUUCUUACUCUGAAUUAAUGACAGAGGAGAAAGACCAACAUAAUAAGAAAAAAAGGACUUAAUUCUCAUCCAUACCAAGAAAAGUGUAAGCAUCCAAGUUCCCAGCGAUUCUAAUCCUGAUUCAUUACCUUGCAUGUGUCUUUAGUUAUCUCAAGAAAUGUUAAAGAUUUCCAUGAGAUAUUAUGGAAAGGGACUCCUGGGCUGCAUCAUAAGCCUGAUUGAAAGCUCUUAGCCUUGUAAUGAUCUCUUCUUGGAGGACCAUCAGGGAAUUCUUUGCAGCUCUAUCAGAGAGUCAGGGCUUUCCUGAGCAAACAAACUAGGUAUUUACCUACAGAGCUGAUUUUAUGAAGAGUUUUGGUCAGCAUUAGUCAUUGUGAAACUAUGGGCCUCCUGCCCUGGUUAAUCUCUACAGACAUCUCCCUACAGUAGAAGAUUGAAUCCUCAUCUCUCCAUGAGUCUGAACAUCUAAAGAUGUUAGAGGUACAUUAAUUUGCUUCUUGCUGGGGAAUGUGUAUUGUGUCUUCUGGGAAUAGUGUCUAGAUGAAUGUUUAAUAAUCAAUUUAAUAGGUUCAUGGGCUGUCUUAUUUUUUGGGGUUGAAGGUUUAAACCAGGAGGACACUCUGUGAUAACUCUGCUCUUUACCUUGCCAGCAAGCCUUAGUUGUCCUGGUAAACAAUCUCUGAGUUAAAUACCUUUUCUUUUCUGGAGAGGUUACGAACAAAGGAAAUGGCUUUGAUGUCAGGACAAGGGGCAUAAACAGUGUUUAUGGGUGCUGUUAAAAAUUUUUCAUCUGGGUAUUUUCAAAAGAAUUUCAAGUCAAAAUAUAUCACUUAUGGGAAGUACCUUAUUUUCCAAUAUGAUAUCUUAUACAAAUUGAUAAUUAUUUUCAUGGUUUAAGUAGUAAUUAAUGACAUUUUGGGGGUUGGAAGAUUUGUGGGGAGUAGGAGAUAGAUUUUCAUCAGAUUUCCUCCCAUCCUUUCCUCAUGAGGAUUAUUGAUCUCUAGUCCGCAUAUGUAAGGUGUUGAAUUUAUUUACUAAUGUUAUUAACUGAAUCUAUAGAUAAAGAGGUAGUUUUGAAUGGGAGCCAAGUAACCUGUUGAUGUAAGUCUAUUUUACCUUUUAUGAUUACCAUCUAGCACCUCCCUCCUUCCUGGCUGAAUUCCCUGUCAUUUUAAGUAGGCAGCAAUUACUGGUUUACUAAAGAAGCCGGCUCCUGCUGCCAAGGAUCCUGUUAAUUAUCACUCUAUCUCUAAUUUAGCCUUCCUAGUGUUGAGAGAAGGUGCGUGUAAGCGUGUGGCAGAACGUCUACAAUCACAUCUUUGUAAUAAUCUCCUCUCUGAGACGGUUCAGUGGACUCAAUGUUCCGCCAAAGGGCCGAGGCGGCCCUGCAGUUCCGCGGAGCAUCCUGGGGCCUCCAAGCCUCCGAUAAGCUCCUCCAGUAUGACAUCACGCAUCUUGCUACGCCAGCAACUCAUGCGUGAGCAGAUGCAGGAGCAGGAGCGCAGGGAGCAGCAGCAGAAGCUGCAGGCGGCCCAGUUCAUGCAACAGAGAGUGCCCGUGAGUCAGACACCAGCCAUAAACGUCAGUGUGCCCACCACCCUUCCCUCUGCCACCCAGGUGCCGAUGGAAGUCCUUAAGGUGCAGACCCACCUUGAAAACCCCACCAAGUACCACAUACAGCAAGCCCAGCGGCAGCAGGUAAAGCAGUACCUUUCUACCACUUUAGCAAAUAAACAUGCCAACCAAGUCCUGAGCUUGCCAUGUCCAAACCAGCCUGGCGAUCAUGUCAUGCCACCGGUGCCGGGGAGCAGCGCACCCAACAGCCCCAUGGCUAUGCUUACGCUUAACUCCAACUGUGAAAAAGAGGGAUUUUAUAAGUUUGAAGAGCAAAACAGGGCAGAGAGCGAGUGCCCAGGCAUGAACACGCAUUCACGAGCAUCCUGUAUGCAGAUGGAUGAUGUAAUCGAUGACAUCAUUAGCCUAGAAUCAAGUUAUAAUGAGGAAAUCUUGGGUUUGAUGGAUCCUGCUUUGCAAAUGGCAAAUACGUUACCUGUCUCAGGAAACUUGAUUGACCUUUAUGGAAACCAAGGUCUGCCUCCCCCAGGCCUCACCAUCAGCAACUCCUGUCCAGCCAACCUUCCCAACAUAAAAAGGGAGCUCACAGCGUGUAUUUUUCCCACAGAGUCUGAAGCAAGAGCACUGGCCAAAGAGAGGCAGAAAAAGGACAAUCACAACUUGAUUGAACGAAGAAGAAGAUUUAACAUAAAUGACCGCAUUAAAGAACUAGGUACUUUGAUUCCCAAGUCAAACGAUCCAGACAUGCGCUGGAACAAGGGAACCAUUUUAAAAGCAUCUGUUGACUAUAUCCGAAAGUUACAACGAGAGCAGCAACGCGCAAAAGAACUUGAAAAUCGACAGAAGAAACUGGAGCAUGCCAACCGGCAUUUGUUGCUCAGAAUACAGGAACUUGAAAUGCAGGCUCGAGCUCAUGGACUUUCCCUUAUUCCAUCCACGGGUCUCUGCUCUCCAGAUUUGGUGAAUCGGAUCAUCAAGCAAGAACCCGUUCUUGAGAACUGCAGCCAAGACCUCCUUCAGCAUCAUGCAGACCUAACUUGUACAACAACUCUUGAUCUCACGGAUGGCACCAUCACCUUCAACAACAACCUUGGAACUGGGACCGAGGCCAACCAAGCCUAUAGCGUCCCCACAAAAAUGGGAUCCAAACUGGAAGACAUCCUGAUGGACGACACUCUUUCUCCUGUUGGUGUCACUGAUCCACUCCUUUCGUCAGUGUCCCCCGGAGCUUCCAAAACAAGCAGCCGGCGGAGCAGUAUGAGCAUGGAAGAGACGGAGCAUGCUUGUUAGCAAAUCCUCCCUGCACUGCAUUCGCACAAACUGCUUUCUUUCUUGAUUCAUAGAUUUAAUAAUUUACCUGAAGGGGUUUUCUUGAUAAUUUUCCUUUAAUAUGAAAUUUUUUUUCAUGCUUUAUCAAUAGCCCAGGAUAUAUUUUAUUUUUAGAAUUUUGUGAAACAGACGUGUAUAUUCUAUUUUACAACUACAAAUGCCUCCAAAGUAUUGUACAAAUAAGUGUGCAGUAUCUGUGAACUGAAUUCACCACAGACUUUAGCUUUCUGAGCAAGAGGAUUUUGCAUCAGAGAAAUGUCUGUCCAUCUUAUUCAGGGGAAACUUGAUUUGAGGUUUUUAUGCCUGUGACUUCCUUGGAAAUUAAAUGUAAAGUUUAAUUGAAAGAAUGUAAAGCAACCAAAAAGAAAAAAAAGAAGAGGAAAAGAAAUCCAUGCUAACCCUUUUCCAUUUUAUGUCUAUUGAUUCAUUGGUACUGCCUUAAAGAUACAGUACCCCUCUAGCAUUGUUUAGUGUUUAUACUGCAACUAUUUAAAGAAAUACUGUAUUCUGUGAAACACAAAAAAUGCAGCCUUUUCAUGAGAAUCAUCUGGUUAGAAAACAUAACUGAUACCAACCGAAAUUUAAGGGAGUUAGACCAAGGCUCUGAAAUAUGAAGUCUAAUCUUGCUCUCUUUUAUUGUGCUGUUACAGUUUUCUUCAUCAAUGAGUGUGGUUCAGUUUUUCGUAAGAUAUAUUUUAUUUUGAAAUGGAAAUUAAUGUCCUCUCAACGUAAAAUGUUGAGGGGCACUGAAAGUAUGUUUUACUCUUUUUUUUUUCACUUUUGCUUUUGAUAAGAAAACCAAACUGGGCAUAUUUCUAAUUGGCUUUACUAUUUUUAUUUUUAAAUUAUGUUUUACUGUUCAUUUGCUUUGUACAGAUUCUUUAUUAUCAUUGUUCUUUUCAAUAUGUUUGUAUUAAUUUGUAAGAAUAUGCAUCUUAAAAUGGCAAGUUUUCAAUAUUUUUACAAUUCACUGGUGGUUUUCCGCAUUCUUUGUACACCCAUGAAAGAAAACUUUUAUGCAAGGUCUUGUGUUUAAAAGACAGCUUUGAGAAUAUUUUAUAUAUUACAGUCUCGCCCGGAACUGUUUUUAGACACAUUUUAAGGUGUAGUAUUAAUAGGUUAAAACCAGGCUUUCUAGAAAGAAUAAACUUACAUAUUUAUUUUUAGGAUAUGAAAAUAGCAAUAUUCUUGGAGAUGGAUAACCAUAGCAUUAAUACGCCCAUUAUGGCCAUUUAAUUGGGGUUCAUUUCAGCAAACUUGCUGAAUUUUGUUUUAAAGAAAGAAAUACUGUAUUGGCAAAUUACUGUUACUUGAUAACCAUGUUUUAACAAGGAGCAAUGUUGUAAAGUUAGUUUCAGUGCAUUAUCUACUUGUGUAGUCCUAUGCAAUAACAGUAGUGUCACAUGUAUCAAGCCUAGAUGUUUUAUACAGAUGCCAUAUAGUGUUAUGAGCCAGGCUGUUGAAUGGAAUUUCUCAGUAGCAGCCUACAAUUGAAUAGCAAGUGGCAUAAAGCAUAUCCAUUCAGAAUGAAGUGCCUUAAAUAUAGCAGUAGUCUUUUUUGGACUAGCACUGACUGAACUGUAAUGUAGGGGAAAGUUUCAAGAUGGUAUCUAUAGUCAAGAGGAACAUGUAGCAUGGUGCCUAUGUAGACAAUAUAAGAGCUUCCAAUUUUCCUUCAGAUAUUUUUAAUAUUAAAUAUAUUUUAGUGACAGAGUGCCAACUUCUUUCAUCAGGAAACCUUAUUCAGGAGGGUUUUUUUUAAAGUGUUUAAAUGUCAAAUGUGAAUUGGUGAUGGGUGAUGGAGGGUUCAGAGAGAAGGAGUGAUCGUCAGAUGUGUGAAUGAACGGUUUAGGUGAAAAUAAUCAACUGCAUAGUUCCCAUGCACGCUGGGCAAUGAGAAUCCUUGGAAACAUUGGUGAUGCUAUCAGUUUUAUAGCUUUAUUACUUAAGGGGGUAGGGAAAAUUACUUCCCAUUCUUUCAACCCCUUUAACUGUAUAGCUCUUUUCCUAGAAUAGUGAUGCAAAUCUGCAUGAACAGCUAAUUGUACCAUAGUAUUCAUUGAUACAAUCAUAGCAUUGUCUAUUUUUCUCUUCAUAUUUAUAUGGGGGGGGCGGGCGCUGGAUGCGAAAGUUGAAGAUCUUGAUGCUAUGAUAUUAGUUUUCCUUAGCUGACUUUGAGGGUUUUUAAAAAUAAAGCAAGGUUGACUAACCUAUGGCCAAGGGAACAGGACCAUGGUUAAGCAACCAUAUAGAAAGCUUUGUUGAAAGAAAGUAUGGCAUCUUGUACCACUGCCCUGACUGUUGCAACUCCUAACCUUGCCAUUGCCUGCCUCCCCAUCCCCUUCUCCUUAAGAGACAAUUUUUGCAGGUGGCAGGUGAGCAAGCACAGGAGAAUGCUGCAAUCUUGGGGGUGGUUUUAUUUAUUUCUUUUUGCCAAAUAGAGUGUGGAUUCGUUUUAGGCAUUAGUUAAGCCAAGAGGCAGUGGUUUGGGCUUGUCGUUUGUAAUGAGAAAACGAUCCACAUCACUCCCCCUAUCCUUGGGUACAGAAUUGUGACUCGAGGUUGGACCUCCGUAUGGAGUGACCAAAAUGCCGAAAUUGUCCGUCUGCCUCUGGGUAGGACAAUGGAAAUACCAAACUUUCUGACUUCGCCAAAAAGCAUACAAGCAACCUGGUCAUAUAUAGGAUGACAAAAUUCUUUCUGGUUGUUUUCAAACAAUAAAGCAAUAAGAACAAAUACAAUAUACAAUACAUAGGAAGUUAAAAGAUAUAAAGCACAAAGGAAUGCACUUAUUAAUAUUUUUUAAAAAUGCACUGGGAAAAAGUUGAUGUCAAUAACAGUAGAAAAAAGCCCUAUUUCUUGAUAAAAAUGAUAAAUGACUGCCUCUUGCAGAUGCUUGGUACUGUAAUGUUAAUAAUAGUCACCUGCUGUUGGAUGCAGCAAUAACUUCUGUGUGGUCCAUAGCACUGUAUAUUAUGGAUCGAUAUUAAUGUAUCCAAUGAAAUAAUCGACUUGUUCUUGAUAGCCUCAUUAAAGCAUUUGGUUUUUCACAUA